UGGUAGUGCUACUAGUGCUACUGGAAGUGGUAGUGCUACUAGUGCUACUGGAAGUGGUAGUGCUACUAGUGCUACUGGAAGUGGUAGUGCUACUAGUGCUACUGGAAGUGGUAGUGCUACUAGUGCUACUGGAAGUGGUAGUGCUACUAGUGCUACUGGAAGUGGUAGUGCUACUGCUGCUGCUACUGGAACCGCUGGUAGUAGUGGCAGUGGAAGUGGUGGUGCUUGUUGUCAUGAAUGUAGCGGGAGCAGCAGCGGUGGUUACGAUGGCACUGUUCGUUUGGUUUGCUUGUGA